UUUAUAUGAUAAUUACAAGUAACACUCGAGAAACGGAGUAGAAAGACCAAUUCAGAUGUGACCCAAGAAACCCAUAGCCGGCAGUACGUCACAGUCACCCCUCUCGUCUGGCGGUUCCAUUCGGCAGCUCGAGGACACGAGAAAAUCCACUUGCCGCAGAGCUGCUGACCUGCGCGCUGAAACACGCCAUCAUUCCAUCGAGCAAACUCCAAAACUUCCCCCUUCCCCGGUAACCCGCACCUCACUCAACGACCCUCCCAACGGCACUCGCCACUCGGCAGUCGCCACCGUCGCGGCGCUCCUCAGCCAAGCCAACCUUUCGAAAUCUCCACGCCUUUGUCGCCUCCCUUUUAUACCAAACCUCCUACCACCAGAGUCCCAGUUCCCAGUCAUACACAUCUGAUAUCAAUCACUCACAGCUGCUGCCCAGCAGCAGGCAAGAAGAGGCAAGAAUGCCACAGCUCGAUCUGGAGUCCCUCUUCUGCGUCGGCGGCGGCGAGUCAAGGUCGACGAAGGUCGCCUGCGAGACCAUCGCGGUCGGAGCCUCCGACGUUGACGUCGCCAACGCCCACGAGCAGUCGCGACGGAUUAUCUGGGCCUGGUCCGGGCGAACCGGCGCGGCGCUGGAGCGGGACGGGUCGACCAAGGGCGGCUCCAACCCCAAGAACGCGGCGGAAGAGACGACGCGUAACAAGGGCCCGUCGAGGGCGCCGAGGAGGUUGGAGUUGGAGGCAAUCGUCGUCGGCGUUCUGCCUGCCGGGAAGAUGGUCGUGCAGCAGCGGCGCUCUCAUGUGGUCGGCCGCGACUGGCGCCGGCCGGCCGCAGGGGCUAGGGUCUUCGCGAGCGAGGCCGUGGGCGUGGAGCCCGUGUCCCCGAAGGUGUCGUGCUUUGGGGCAGUGCGGUCCGAGAGCCGCGCGCCUGCGGCGCGCGAGGAGGAGGAGGAGCGGAGCGGGUGCUGGGCGAGCGUCACCUCCGCGCUUGGUGGCUUUUUGUGCGGCUCUGACUCGGACAACCGUCGGGAAGGUGGAUCUGGGACGAGUGAAUCGAAGCCCGCGGUGUCGGGGUCGCCGACGGUAGACGUUUCAGUCCUGUCGCCCCCGCGGCCGGUUCUGGGACUGGGAGACGUGAAGCCCAUUGCUUCGCGGCGGUGGCCGGAUGGAGAUGGGCGGUGCUUGGUUUGAAUCUCUUGCGUGCUUGAGGAACAGGAAGCACGGGAACAGUUGUGUACACAUCUUCAGUUGUACACAGCCUUCCGUGCUUCGGUAGGCACGGGAACUGCUGUACAUUCACGGUUGCCGAGCAUAGUAGUACGUGUACUUGCCUGCUUGCGCCCGUGCUAAACAAAACCAACCUUUGAUCUCCUCUUGUGCAUUGUGUAUCCCGCCCCUUUCUUUUGUACAGCUAGCUACGCCUGCUUCCUUCCAUGUACGGGCGCAAGCAGGUAAAAUCGGUGUAAGUAGUAGUAUCAUUGUGCGAAAUCGGUGUUUGACUUUUGUAUGUACUUUCACUUCACUCUUUCUUUGGGGGCACAAUCUCAUCACUCGGUCACUGGUCGGAGAUAAAGAAAACAAAGGCAAUGUGUACUACUCCUACUAGUGGUUGGGGCGCCACCUGGCGGCGCCUCUUGAUGCAGGAUUGGGCGCACUAAUCAAAUUCCAAAUCCACUUUGUUCAUAAUCCCAUAUAAUAAAACUCCAUUAUAGUAAAUCUUCUCAAAGAGCCAAAUGCAAUAUGCUUGAUGGAGAAUAUCUCUCGGUAAAUGAAUUAGUACCAAAUCAUCCAGAUCCUUGAAAUGGCAUUGCA